UGUUCUUCAAGUACAAUAAUCAACUCUAAGUCUAUUAUAUUCAAGUCUUUGUUUUAACCUACAAUGGCUUCAAAUCAACUUACUGCUAUUCUAGUUCUCGUACUUACACUUUUACUCCAAGGUAAUAACAAUAACGUCGUCGAAGCACAACUCACGACUAAUUUCUACUCAACCUCUUGCCCUAACCUCCUCUCCACCGUCCAAAGCGCCGUUAAAUCUGCCGUUAACAGCGAGGCUCGAAUGGGUGCAUCUAUCCUCCGUCUCUUCUUCCACGAUUGCUUCGUCAACGGAUGUGACGGUUCGAUUCUGCUAGAUGACACGUCGAGCUUCACAGGAGAACAAAACGCGGCCCCAAACCGCAAUUCAGCUCGUGGGUUUAAUGUGAUCGACAACAUCAAAUCAGCGGUUGAGAAAGCAUGUCCCGGGGUUGUGUCUUGUGCUGAUAUCUUAGCCAUUGCAGCUAGAGACUCCGUCGUAGUCCUUGGAGGGCCGAAUUGGAAUGUUAAAGUAGGAAGAAGAGAUGCAAGAACGGCGAGUCAAGCGGCAGCGAAUAGUAACAUUCCGGCCCCGACUUCGAGUCUGAGCCAACUCAUUAGUAGUUUCAGUGCUGUUGGACUCUCCACCAGAGAUAUGGUUGCUCUCUCCGGCGCACACACGAUCGGACAAUCCCGUUGCACGAACUUCCGAGCGAGAAUCUACAACGAGACAAACAUCAACGCCGCCUUCGCCACCACACGUCAACGAACUUGCCCUAGAGCCACCGGUUCCGGCGACGGAAACCUAGCUCCACUAGACGUCACCACGGCGGCUUCCUUCGACAACAACUACUUCAAGAAUCUCAUGACUCAGAGAGGUCUCCUCCAUUCCGACCAAGUGCUCUUCAACGGAGGCUCCACUGACUCCAUUGUCCGUGGAUACAGCAACAAUCCAUCGAGCUUUAACUCUGACUUCGCGGCGGCGAUGAUCAAGAUGGGUGAUAUCAGCCCGUUGACUGGUAGUAGCGGUGAAAUCCGCAAGGUUUGCGGGAGGACCAACUGAUUCAAAUCUCCUCCACGUGUUCUUUUCCUAUUGGAUUUUUUAUUUUGUUAUUUGAGUUGGUGAGAAUAAGAUUGAUCUUCUCCAAAAAUUUCGAAGAUCCCAUUUAAUGUCUUUUUUUUUUUUUUUUUGUUCCUUUUCUUGCUUUGUGUUGAAGUGUGUAUUUUAUUUUCGCAUUAAAAUCCAAUGAAAUUAGCUUAUAUAUCUGCCCAA